UUAUUAUUGUUUGUUUUCUUUUUUAGAUACAAAAACACCUCUAAAUCGAAUGAAUGUCAAAGAACUGCUACCAAUAACAAAAGAUUACAUAACGUACCAUGGAUCAACGACUACGCCUCCAUGCAGUGAGAACGUUAUAUGGAUGAUACUUAAUAGGCCUAUUUAUAUUGAGGCGGAUAAGUUUUCUCAUGGUCUACGAGAACUACGCACAGAUACCAAAGACAGUGUUAUAGACAAUUCCGUUAAAGCAAAAAUGAUGAAUAAUUUCCGUCCGCCAUCUGGACUUGGGAAUCGAAUGCUACGAACAAAUAUAUUUGCAGAGAACCCGGAUGAGAGUUGUCCAGUGUCUAAGCGAGUUGUUGUUUAUAAAGUAAACGAGGCCGUUAUUGUACCAUCCAAUACAAAAUCAUAGCGGUUGCCGUUGGAGACGCUUAUGGUAGUUAAUGGUUGGCUGAUACAUCACUAGAGAAACCUAAGAUUUAACGAUGACUGUUGCCCUAACAACAAGGUUGGACUUUGGUCACUGAAGACAAUGUGGUCAGCGCAAGCUUUAGCAUAUCUGGAAUUUUUUUAAUGUGACUACAAUGAUAUAUCGCACUGCUCCAUGCCAUGGUGCGCCCUCAGGAGGCCGCCCCCUCUCUCUCUUGGCAGCAUGGUCAUUCAUACCGGUUCUGCGUGAAUGUCAAGCAAAUAAACCACACAAGAAAAACCAAGGAUGAACACGACUGAACUUGUGAUGGAAUUUAUUUACGUGACAUUCACGCAGAACCGGUAAGAAUGGCCAUGCUGCCAAGAGAGGGGGGGGGGCACCUCCUGAGGGCGCACCAUGCAUGGUGUUGGGUUACAGGAUACAAAUAUGAUGAUGAUGAUAUGAUAUGAUGUACAAAUAUUGAAUGUGGUUUGAGGGUAAUAGUUAAAACUAUACCCCAAGGUGGUCUCGAGACUGUACAAUGCCCCAUGACAAAGUCAAGGAGCACAUUACAUAACAGUCUCAAAAUCACCAAGGUGCUAUAUUUUUAACCAUGACUUAAAAACAGCUGGCAGUAUUUAUUGUGACAUAGAUCCUAGGCAUUUGAUAAGUUAAAAUAGAAUUUUUGGCCUAGUGAAAUAGUCCACGGUUCAUCUGUGUCAGAUCUGUAUGGUAAAUAGCAGAUACGCCCUCUACAGCAGACCUAGCAUUUUGCUUAUGUUAUUGUUAGUUAUGUUGCAUUGUACAAAUUAAAAAUGACUGCUGAAGCAUACUUAUGCCCCGGGCAUAUUCAAAUUACACCUACACUUUUAACCAAUCAGAUGCCUAGAAUCUAUGAAUAUAUGUGGUAUAUAAUAAUGUAUAUUAUUUAGUAUAAAUAAUAUACAUAUAUAUAUAUAUAUAUACGUGUAUAUAUAUA